AAAGACAUUUCGUUCGUACCAGAUCGGAAAGAUAUAUGAAUAAAAUAUCAAUCUCGGAUACUACUUUCCCAACUUUUUAAUGAAAGAAUCAUUCGAUUUAAUGUUCCGCAAAACUUCAUCAUCGAGAAAAUUUCGAGUAUCUUAUUCCUCGAUCUUUGGACUAGAAUCAAACUAUCCGAAAUAAAGAACGAAAGAAAGAGUUCGUUCGGGAAAGGAAGUUCCGAAACGAUCUCCAGCAUUUCGUCACCUUGAUCCAAACGAUCUCGGCGGUCCCCGCCCAUCGAACGUUGAAAACGUUCGAGCCACACGGAGGAAUUGAUCGAGGAAUCCCGAACAAAAUUCUUUCGUAUUUCUCUAACCACGAGAACCAGUAGGCGGGGAAAUAAAAGGAAGGAGCCGUAAUCUACCAAGGUGGAAACUCGCCAAGUUAAGUUAAAGACGUCCUCGAUCGAGGGUAUCCAGGUGUCUCCCCAAUUCUUCGGAUUAACAGUCGCAAGGGUGCAAAUUACACGGAGUGAGCGAUUUCCUCGAGGGACGAUCGGUCUACGCCGGAGAGACAUUUCUCAGAUGUCGAGCGAACGAUGAAGCACUCGAGGCGAGCGAGUGGCUCGAGUGCCACUUCGAUCGCGAACGAUUCGUGUUCCAGGUGCGAGGGAAAGUGUCCGACGAAAAUGCGGCUCGCACUACUGCUGCUCUUCUCUUUGUUCGGGACAGGCUCGUCCAUCCAUCUCCGCAGGAUAGACGUGCCGAGUAUAGCCGACCCGAGGUGGGAAAAAGUGGCGCUGAGAUGCGAGUACGAUCUGGACGGCGAGGAAUUGUACUCCGUGAAGUGGUACAAGGAUGGCGCGGAGUUCUUCAGGUUUAUGCCCGGCUCGAGGCCGCCCGGUCGUGAUUUUCAGCUGGAAGGGGUGUACGUGGACGUGAACAAGAGCGAUAGCAAACAAGUGACGCUGUUGGGACAGGCGAACAAUCGGAGAGUGAAGGUGAACCUUGUGGGGUUGUACGGGUGCGAGGUGUCCUCGGAGGGGCCGAAUUUCCUCACGAUCUUCGGCGAGGCAAACAUGAGCUUGGCGAUCCCCCCCAAGGAACGACCCACCCUCCGUGGCCUUCAACCCUCUUACGAGGCGGGCGAGACGCUCGAAGUGGAAUGCAGCUCGGCGGCCAGCUACCCUCCGGCCCGGCUCGUCUUCAUCCUCAACGGGAAAGAGGUGAACAAAGGGUUGAUCAGAGAAUUGCCAAGCACGAGCCCUACGGAGGACAGCCUCGUGUCCUCGACUCGUCUCGGCCUUACUCUUCGAUUGGAACGGCACCAUUUCCCCGGAGGGACAUUAACUCUCACCUGUCAGUCCACGUUGCCGAGGAUCAGGGGCGACAAGGCGCUCGAGAGGGUGGAAACCGCGACACUGGCCGCGAGCAAUCAACGACUGGCGCAGGAACCGCCCAGAUCCGGUUCAACGAUCGAUGCCCAACCCGUGUCGAUCUCGAUCUGCUGUUUGUUAGCGAUCUUACCAUCGUUCAAUCACGGUAUCUUGCCACUUUUGUAUUUUGUUUAACCGGAAACGAAUCGCAGACGAAAGCUUCGCGUUGGGAUCAUUUCGCCACGUGUCGAAUUCAUGCGAGGAUGAAAGGAGGACUUGGU